ACCGUGUGGAGCUUCAAUAGCACAGAGCAGCGUCUACAGCAAAGUACUCCUCCUCACAGACUACCGUAGUGUUGUAAGUGUGUGUGUUUACCGGACCGAACGACAGACAUGGCAGAAGUCGCACCAGCACCCGCCGCCGCCGCGCCGGCCAAGGCCCCCAAGAAGAAGGCAGCAGCCAAGCCCAAGAAAGCGGGACCCAGCGUAGGCGAGCUCAUCGUCAAGGCGGUGUCCGCCUCCAAGGAGAGGAGCGGCGUGUCCCUGGCCGCGCUCAAGAAGUCUCUGGCGGCAGGCGGCUACGACGUGGAGAAGAACAACUCCCGUGUCAAGAUCGCCGUCAAGAGCCUCGUCACCAAGGGCACCCUGGUCCAGACCAAGGACGGUGCCUCCGGCUCCUUCAAGCUCAACAAGAAGGCCGUCGAGGCAAAGAAGCCCGCUAAGAAAGCCGCAGCCCCCAAAGCUAAGAAGGUGGCCGCCAAGAAGCCCGCCGCCGCCAAGAAGCCCAAGAAGGUAGCAGCCAAGAAGGCCGUGGCCGCAAAGAAGUCCCCCAAGAAGGCCAAGAAGCCCGCUACACCCAAAAAGGCCGCCAAGAGCCCAAAGAAGGUGAAGAAGCCCGCCGCAGCGGCCAAGAAAGCGGCCAAGAGCCCCAAGAAGGCUACCAAGGCAGCGAAGCCCAAAGCCGCCAAGCCCAAGGCAGCCAAGGCCAAGAAGGCAGCCCCCAAGAAGAAGUAAACCUAUUACAAACAGUGUUCUUUGUACUCGACACAUGUUGUUACCACAAAAGGCUCUUUUAAGAGCCACCCACCUCUUUCCAUAAAAGCGCAUGUCAUUCCA